AUUGGCCUCAAAUAAUGUCUGGGAUAAAGUGGGCAUUGACUCCUGUUGUUCAACCCAGAGUAAAUGGAUUAUCAAAGCAGAAGAUAGAUAUCCGAAUAACUACAGGAGCAAAAGCAAAACCCACGUCCCAGCGUCAGACCCACCCUUUUGUCUCAUCAUCAAACCAUUUAUCCUCCUCCCCAGCAAGAUCGCAGAAUGGUCCACUACAUCACGACCCACAACGCAACCGGCGCCGCCAUAUUCUCCCCCAAAGUCCCCUCACAGACGCCCAAAAUCCCCAUCCCAAUCGGCGAAAUCCAAAUCCUCUCAUCUACCCACUCCUUUCCCGCAAACCUGUCCACAGAAUCCGACAUUGAGCAAUACCAGCAAGAUCGCUUGCAACCCUUCUUUGCUGGCUUGCGUCGCAUCUGUCCCGAGAAUGGCAGCGCCACCUGCAUGAUAAGUAUGGAUGCGGGAGCCGAGAGUACGUUUCAUCGGACGAUGACGUUGGAAACGGUCGUGGUGAUUGAGGGCGAGAUGGAGAUGGAGCUGGACUCUGGUGAGAAGAGAUUACUGAAGGUGGGGGAUAGUCUGGUACAGAGAGCGACGGCGCACAAGGCGAGAAAUGUCACUCCGAAUGGCGGCAGGGCGAAAUGGGUGGCGUUUAUCCAGAGUGUGGAAGAGCCGUUGAGAAUCGGAGACAAGGAGUUGGGUGGAGAGUGGGCGCAUUAGAUCCGCUGCUUCAUCAACUAGAGGAAAUAGAUACUACGUCAAUAUGAGGG